CUGCAGUCAACAAAGUAGAAUAAAUAUGGUUGGACGGACACUGAUCAAUGUUGCGAUUAUUGGCGGAGGACCAGGGGGACUGGGAACGGCCAUCGCCCUAUCUCAACUCCCCUUCGUUCAGGUCACUCUUUAUGAGAAAAAUCCGGAGCCUCGCGAAGCUGGUGCAGGAAUUAGUCUGAGUACGAAUGCAUGGAAAGUCCUGGACUUACUUGGAGCCAGCGAUGGGGUCAGGGGAGGCUCCAAGUCAAACACGCACCAACGGAAUGCCCAUAAAGGCACGAUUCUCAGCGUGGUAGAAUCGCCAGAAAGUUCCGAGGCAGACUCUCGUGGAGCGAUUCGCGCUCGGAGAACGCGUCUCCAAUCAGCACUCCUUUCUCGAGUCCCGAAGGAAAUUAUCCGAUAUGACAAGAAGCUCAUCCAUCUGGAAAAUCUACCGAGUAAAGGGGUGCGAUUGUUGUUUCAUGACCGGACAGAAGCGGUUGCAGAUCUUGUCGUUGGAGCGGAUGGAAUACAAUCUAUUGUUCGCCGGACACUACUCCCGGAUCAUCAACUCUCUUUUACUGGAACAAUUGCAUGGCGGGUGAUUGUCCCCAAAGCAAGUCUGGCUAAUAUUCCCGACAUCACAUCCUUCACGAGCUGGUGGUGGGGUGAAAAGGGUCAUGUUUAUUUCUCAGAUGUUGAUGAUGAGAGCGAGGAAACCCCGCAUUUUGAAAUCACCGUGCGUGGAUAUCGUGAGCCUGAGAUCCCUGGGAAAACUGUCGUCUGGGGAAUUCCUGCUAGCAACGACCGCGUAGCAUCUCGUGUUGAGAAUUAUGACCAUCGAAUCAAAGACGCUGUGAAUGUUGUGCCAGAAGGCGCAUGGAGAGAAUUCGCAAUGUUUGCAGGUCCACGACUUGACAGGAUUAUUGGCUGGGAUAACAAAGUCGCAUUGAUUGGAGAUGCCAGUCAUCCCCUCUCUGGUGCUUUCGGUUCCGGGGCAACAUUCGCGAUGGAAGAUGGCUGGAUUCUUGCCCGGGCUCUGGAAUAUACUCAUUCACUUGCGCUUCCGGUAGAAGACGCCCUCGAAAUCUUCAACACGAUCCGAUCACCAUACUAUGCGAGAAUGUACGAGCAUUUGGAUCAAUCGGAAGAAAGGCUGCGAAAAGCUCGACAAGAAACUAAAAGCUUCGACGAUUUCCUACGGAUGAAGCUUGAAUACUUCCUUUAUGGAGACAAGGAUUUCAUUUACAAAAAUGACAUCCAAAAGGUCUGGGAAGACUAUACAUUAGCAGUGGAAAGACAGGAAGAAGGCCGGGGAUCUUGA